AUGGAUGCAGAAGAUCCACUAUAUCCUGAUACAACGGCCUUCAGCCAAACUUGUGGGGGUUGCGGCCGAUCUUUUGCGCAACUCAACGCCUUCACCAACCAUUCAUCUAGCUGUGGGAGAAAGAAGAGGCUAUUUUCUUCUACCCUCGCAUCAGCACAGGAAGCAUACAGAAAACAAAAGCAGCGCCGCCUUGAAGAACGCCAGAAGCUGCCAUUCGCACCUGAUGUUCAAGACAAACAGCCGCAGGACCUGAAUACGCCGCCUGUCAGCAUUCCAGCAAUACUUACGAACCUGAUGAUUCUCGCUCUCUUGCCGAACGCAGAGUUCGCCACAAUAUUUGUUUACCUGUGUGCUUUCGCGAUGAGCAACCUCAAGCGCAAGCUGCGCUUCCACCUCCAGAAAUGUACCACAAUGAAAAUCCGAAAACUCCUUACAUCUCCCCGCAAUGUAUUUGGACUGUUCCAGCAGUACGGGGCAGAAGGAUUCCCCACACAUGACCCCGAGGUGGAGCAGCAGCACACCGCUCUCUCCGAAGUCGCAUCCGAUCAUAAAGAAAUACUGGUGGGAAGUGCUAUCUUUGGCCCCUAUCCAAACAAAUCCGCAUUUCUUCUUGGCGAAUGGUACUGGAACGACGGGAUGCAGAAAACAAAGGCAGGUUUUAAACGGCGGGAUUUUAGGCCAGAAGAUAUCCAAGGUGUUCCAUGGGAUGCUUUGAACGAGCAGCUGGGGGGAUCAGAGGCAGCUGGCGAUGUGGAGGACACAUGUGCCCCACCCAUUCCUGCAGAAAUCCACAGGAAUCCACCGGAGUCCGCAGGAAUCCGCAGGAAUGGGACAGGAAUCCGCAGGAAUCCACAGGAAUGGGACAGGAAUCCACAGGAAUCCACAGGAAUGGAACUGGAAUCUGGUGAAUUUACACUAAUAUACACUUCUUAUUUAGUUAUCCUCAUCAUCCUGGACUUCUUCAUCCAAACCCAAGUUAUCCUCCUCACCUUCUUCUGGUUUCUUCAUCUGCUUCCUUUUUGCUAG